AUGACCUCGUGUACACUAAGUGUAGCUCCCCACAUCUCCUAUAACCCACACUACCUGAGCAGCACACUCAUUGCAGGUCCCCACAACUUCUAUAACCGACACUAUCUGAGCAGCAUUAUCACUGCAGCUCCCCAUACCUCCUACAACACACACUACCUGAGCAGUACGCUCACUGCAUCUCCCCACACCUCUUACAUGCCUCACUACCUGAGCAGCACGCUCACACCAUCUCCCCACACAUCCUAUAAUACACACUACCUAAGCAGCACAUUCACUGCUGCUCCUCACACCUCCUAUAACCCACACUACCUGAGUAGCACACUUACUGCAGCUCCCAACACCUGCUAUAGCCCACACUACCUGCGCAGCACGCUCAGUAAAGCUCCCCACACCUCCUAUAACCCACACUACCUGUGCAGCACACUUAUUGCAGCUCCUCACACCUCCUAUAACCCACACUACCUGUGCAGCACACUUAUUGCAGCUCCUCACACCUCCUAUAACCCACACUACCUGAGCAGCACACUCAUUGUAGGUCCCCACAACUUCUAUUACCCACACUAUCUGAGCAGCAUGAUCACUGCAGCUCCCCAUACCUCCUACAACACACACUACCUGAGCAGUACACUCACCGCAUCUCUCCACACCUCUUAUAUGCCUCACUACCUGAGGAGCACACUCACACCAUCUCCCCACACAUCCUAUAAUACACACUACCUGAGCAGCACGUUCACUGCUGCUCCCCACACCUCCUAUAACCCACACUACCUGAGCAGCACACUUAUUGCAGCUCCCAACACCUACUAUAGCCCAUACUACAUGUGCAGCACGCUUAGUACAGCUCCCCACACCUCCCAUAACCAACACUACCUGUGCCGCACACUUAUUGCAGCUCCCCACACCUCCUAUAAUACACACUACCUGAGCAGCACACACACUGCAGCUCCUAACACCUCCUAUAACCCACACUACCUAUGCAGCAUGCUCACUGCAGCUCCCCACACCUCCGAUAACCCACACCUCCUAUAA